AUGGCGUCGCUGUCUGCCAGCCUUGUUUCUAGCGUGACGUCGUCUGUUUUUGCAGCGGAGUCAACACCGGCGCUGGGUACCCUCGAGUCUGCCGGCGCUGGAAUCACUGGAGGCUACACGGGCGACUCUCUAGUCCUUAAGAUUAUCAUUGCCUUUCUCCUCGGCCUCUCCCUUUAUAACGCCAUCGAACUCAUUAUCCUCGCAUUCGUCACUUUCCAGCGUUACCAUGGCCUGUAUUUCUGGUCGCUGGUCAUCAGCGCUUUCGGCAUCAUACCAUACGCUCUCGGCUUCAUCAUCAAGUUCUUCAGGGUAUUGGAUCCCUCAAGAGACGCUGGAUAUGUCGCCGUCGUCCUACUUACGCUUGGGUGGUGGCCUAUGAUCACUGGGCAAUCGGUGGUCCUGUGGUCGCGUCUCCACCUCGUUACGAAUUCGCGUCGCGUCCUUCGCUGGACUCUUUGGAUGAUCAUUAUCAAUGGCAUACUCCUGCAUUCAAUCACGACCGUCCUGACCUUCGGCUCGAACGCGAACUCAUUCUCCGACACCACGCUCAGUCGCUUCGUCCGCGGAUACUCGAUAAUGGAAAAGAUACAGAUGGUCGGUUUCUUCGUGCAAGAGACUAUUUUGUCGAUAGUAUACAUAAAAGAGACGGUACGACUGCUGAGGCUCUCAGAACAGGUUCAAGACGACGUGCGAAGUUUCGAUGACAGUGCUGGGAUGGGGCACCUUAAGAAUACCAACGUCCGAAAGACAAUGUACCAGCUCCUCACUAUCAAUGUACUGAUCAUCGCCAUGGACAUCGCUCUACUCAGCGUCGAGUUUGCCAACCUGUACCUCAUCGAAACCACUCUCAAAGGCGUUGUAUACUCGAUUAAACUCAAACUCGAAUUCGCUGUCCUCGGCAAACUGGUUCAACUCGUGCGCGUCAGAGCCGAAUCCGAUCAGAGCAUGAACAACAACAACUAUGCGCGCGGAAACAGUUUCGAACGCCGGAAUACUCUGGCGCUGGAAAAGACACAGAGUGGUAGUGGUACAGCGAGUGUAGGCACAUCAGCAAGGCUCAACAGCAGCCUGCUCACGCACGACUUUGGUAGCCAGCAAUACCCCGACUUCGUGGAUCCCAGACGCAUCAGUCCGAAUGUCACGCAUGCGGAGCCAAUGAAUGAGGAGACUGGAUGGGAAACUCGAGGGCAGCAGGAAGACCAAGACAAGUGGAGAAGGCGAGUCAGGGUAAAACGUGGGAGCUGGAUCGAUGAAGAGAUGGAUAAACAUAAUAUUGGGUGA